UUCCGACGCGUUGCCCGGCGUCGUCGUCGGUGACUCACACUCGAAGAAGCCAUCCUCGCUACACAUCUUGCACUCUCUCCACGUGAGAACGAAAAGAAAAAAACCGCUUGUGCAAAAAAAAAAAAAAGAAACAAGUUCUAUCUCUUCGGGAAGAGAAGCCCGUAGCAGAGGUUUCCCGUAUUUCUUUCAGCGACCAAAGAAACCUAGCGCGUCUGUUACCUGCAGUCUUGACGAUAGUUUCAGCAACAGAUCUUCGCAAGCAGAAUGAAGACCAAAACUUGCCUCGUAGUUACAAGCAUUCCGUUAUUCUACUUUUUAAGUGUAAUUGGACUAUCGGUAGCGGCGAUAGAAGAAGCCCCAUCUUCUUCUUUACAUAUUCCGAACAACUUGUAUUCGGAAAGACCAAACGAAAAAAGAGCGUACGCUUAUGUUCCCGAAUAUAAAAGAUUGCCUGUAUAUAACUUCGGUCUCGGAAAAAGAUGGGCUGAUAAUAACGACGAUAAAAGAUCCCGACAAUUCUCGUUUGGCAUCGGCAAGCGCCCCAGGGAUUACAGAUUUGGGAUAGGGAAACGAAAUGGAUACAACUCCCUGGAUCUGGACAAUUUCUCGAUCGACAACAUGGAUGGCUAUCGCGCUCGCGACGAUAAUUUGGACGAGCUAAUGGAAAACAAGCGCAAUUAUCCCUUCAACUUCGGCAUCGGAAAACGAUGCUGCAAGUCACUGGGAGAAUCGGUCGCGUUUGGGAGAAAACCGAACGAGACACUUGGCCUGAGAUACUUUCCCGAUUUGGGCAAAGAUACGGCAGAAGAAGAUCAAAAUGUGAUCCAGUAGAACGAGUCACAAAUUUUUUAAAGAGCGCGGACUGUUUUUUCCCGUUUUGCCUUUCGUUUACUUUAAAUAUUGAAAUUAACGAUUGAAAGAAUAUUGUAUCUUAUUUGUCGGACAGAACAUUAUCGGAAUGCAAUAAUAAAAAGCAAGUAAAGAUAUUGCAUGACUUAUUGACUUUGUUUUUUUUUUUUUGCGUAUUGUACAAACCUUUACAGUACAAUACCUUAAAAAGCUAAUAAGUUAUACAGAGAUUUCUAUUAUUACAUUCUAAUAAUAUUCUCAGCAAUAAAUGAUACACGGCGAUGAUAUGGACAUUUGUCAAGAAAAAAACUUGGCCGUGUUUUUGCUCUGCGGAAUACGCUCAGUUAUCAAGAAGUUAAUUUAGUGAGAACACGACACGGUUUUCUCUUGAUAAAUGUCCGUGUCAUCGCCGUGUAUGACUUCCGUGAGUGUUGAAAAGUAAAACCGAAUUGUUGACAUACAUAAAAGUCAAGCACAAUGACGAACAUUUUGAAAGCUUUUUUUUUUCUUUCGAUUACAAUUUGCUGUAGAAUUAAUGUCAUCUGCGCUGUUUCGACAGUCCACGCUCCACUUGUAAAUGUAAAAAAAAAAAAAA